CGUGACGAGAAUGAGCGCGACGAGCAUGAACGUGGCGAAAAUGAGCGCGACGAAAACGAACGUGGCGAAAAUGAGCGCGACGAGCAUGAACGUGGCGAAAAUGAACGUGACGAAAAUGAACGCGACGAAAAUUAAAUUGACGAAAACGAACCUGACUAGCACCUCAGUAAAGUCCAUACGGGCGUACUUUAAUGAUCCUAUAUAUAAUUUUAUAAUGAUUUUUUACAGCAUUAUUGUUGAGUAGUAUUAGCC